UCGCUCUGUUUCUGAACUGCGCACCCACACUCGCUGCUCUGUGUGCGUUUCGGGAAGUGAAGCCGGCCGCUCUCGCCCUACUUCUGCAUGACUGUCACAAAGAUGUCAUGGCGCCCGACCUACCGAAGCUCCAAGUUUCGAAACGUCUACGGCAAAGUGGCCAACCGGGAGCACUGUUUCGAAGGCAUCCCCAUCACAAAGAACGUCCAUGACAACCACUUCUGCGCCGUCAACAGCAAGUUCUUGGCCGUAGUGACGGAGAGUGCCGGAGGAGGGGCCUUCGUCGUUAUCCCGGUCACUCAGUCUGGUCGAACUGACCCUCACCACCCAAAGGUCUGCGGCCACCAAGGCAAUGUGCUGGAUAUCAAGUGGAACCCCUUUUAUGAAAACAUCAUUGCAUCCUGCUCAGAAGACUCAUCUGUACGAAUCUGGGAGAUUCCAGAUGGUGGCUUGAGGAGGAAUAUGACUGAAGCUAUAUUGGAGCUGCACGGCCACAGUAGGCGAGUAGGUCUUGUAGAAUGGCACCCGACCAGCAGCGGCAUCUUGUUCAGCGCAGGAUAUGAUUACAAGAUCCUGAUCUGGAACCUGGAGAUUGGUGAGCCGGUGAAGAUGAUUGACUGUCACACGGAUGUGAUCCUUUGCAUGUCCUUCAAUACUGAUGGAAGUCUGCUGGCCACCAGCUGCAAGGACAAGAAGCUGCGCGUCAUCGAACCUCGCUCCGGUCAGGUUUUACAGGAGGCGAGCUGCAAGAACCACAAGGUGAACCGUGUGGUGUUCCUGGGCAACCUUAAGCGCCUCCUAACAACAGGGGUGUCCCGCUGGAACACGCGCCAGAUUGCACUUUGGGAUCAGGAGGAUCUGUCCAUGCCAAUAAAAGAGGAGGAGAUAGACGGCCUUUCUGGGCUGCUUUUCCCUUUUUAUGAUGCAGACACACAUAUGCUCUACCUAGCGGGCAAGGGUGAUGGGAACAUCCGCUACUAUGAGGUGACCACAGAGAAGCCGUACCUGCAGUACCUCAUGGAGUUCAGGUCUCCUGCCCCUCAGAAAGGACUUGGUACCAUGCCCAAACAUGGCUUGGAUGUGGCAUCCUGUGAAGUUUUCAGGUUCUAUAAGCUGGUGACGCUAAAGGGACUGAUCGAGCCCAUCUCUAUGAUCGUACCUAGGAGAUCAGAGACGUAUCAGGAGGACAUCUACCCCAUGACUCCAGGAACAGAACCCGCUCUUUCUGCAGAUGAGUGGCUUAGUGGUAUGAAUCGAGGGCCGGUGUUAAUGUCUCUGAAGGAGGGUUACAGCAGACCCAGUAAGCUGGUGUUCAAGGCCCCGGUGAAGGAGAAGAAGAGUGUGGUGGUGAAUGGAAUCGACCUGCUGGAAAAUGUGCCUCCUCGUACUGAGAACGAGCUUUUGCGGAUGUUCUUUAGGCAGCAGGACGAGUUGCGGCGGCUGAAAGACGAGCUCGGGCAAAAGGACGUUAAAAUACGCCAGCUGGAACUAGAGCUCAACAACCUCAGAAACAGUCCGAACACCAACAACCUCAACAACAGUAACAACAACAGCAACCUCGGCAUGUGAGCAGAGUCCAGGCUACUGGUCCUUCCUGUAAGAUUACCCCGUACUGCUGAACCUCUCCUCGUCUCCUGUACCUCGUUCUGACCGAGCAGUUUCUCACCCCGAUUUCAGCUAUGGAUGCCUUUACUGCUGUGUCAGACUUUAUAAGGGUGUAGGUCACCCCCUUCCUUUGCUAAAACCUUUCACGCCUGUGGCCUGUGAUUACUGCUGAUUGUUCGGCAGCAUCAGUAUCCUAAGGCUCAUACAUACACACAGACACAUGAUUUCACAGCAGAACGUAGUUUAAAGAGACUGUGUGUUAUACAUCUACAGGGUUUCUCUUCUUUUCUCUCGUUCUUUAUUAAUGGUAUUAAUUGUAUUUACUCACUUUAACACGUACCUUCUCUUUGUGAAUGUGUCAGCUGCCAGACUUGCAGUAUUGGAUGAAAAUUGCUUGAUAGGUCAUUUGGUACAAGCCAUUAACUGGAUUCAAUUAUUUGUGUUUUUGUUUUUUAAAAUGUAUAAUUGUAUAAUUAAUUAUUUAUUUUGUUAUACGUUUUUCAGCAGUUGUUUUGAAUAAUUAUGCUAAUCUCAAUUUCAGCCAUGGAUGUAGACACAACUUAGCCGGUCAACCAAGUAUGUCCAGAAUUUUAGAUUCGCUUGUCUCAUUUUUUGUUUUAUAAUAUUUUAAAGAUGCAAUAAGUAGAAUUUAUGUGUUUUUAUGUGAUUUAAGUGUGUGAGAUACCUAAAGACAUUUUAAUCUAUACAAUGCCAGUGAUAGCUCAGAGGUUAAGGUACUGGACUAGUAAACAGAAGGUUGCUGGUUCAAGCCCCGCCACCGCCAAGUUGCCACUGGUGGGUCCCUUAACCCUCAAUUGCUCAUUGUGUAAGUCGCUUUGGAUAAAAGCGUCUGCUAAAUGCUGAAAAUGUAAAUGUAAAUACAAUGCUUGUCAGCGUGGCACAGUGGGUAGUGUAGGUGCCGGUCAGUACAGGGUCACUUUCUGGAGGAGGAUGUUCUCUACCCCAGUUUUCACUCCCCUAUAAAACCUGAAAAAGGUGGAUUGCUCCUAGAACAAAUGUGAGAGUGUGUUGACCUGCAUUCUGUUCGCUUCAUAUUCCUCUUCUGCACCCAGGGUUUUCGGGUGGUGUCAGACCCACCACCUUGUGUGAACGAGUAAGAUAAGUAGGAAAAUUGGCAGCAAACACUGGUGUGAGUAGAUGGGUGUUGCCCUGCAUUAACUAAAGCACACUCAUAAGUGUAUUUCUGCCUUGCUGGAGUUUUAGAUUGGAGCCGGCCCCUCCACAGCCCUGACCAUGGUAAAUCUGGUGGUAAAAAUUGUGCCACAUGUUCUCUCCAUCUCUCCGUGGGUUUUGGGGGGCAACUUGAAGUUAAUUCACACACUGGCAAGUUGUAGCAAGGUGGGUGUGUUACCCUCCUAUUGAUUGGCACCCUGUAAUGGUUGUAUUCCCUCUCUCAUGUAUUUGUGGCUUUCUUUGUAUAAUUAAAGCUAAUUUAAAGCUCGCCUACUGCCAUGGUUUUCGAAAGUGAAUGAACCAAGCACUUGAAAAGAUACCAAACACCUUACAGUGACUGUUUGAAUCCAGAUCUCCAUGACCCCGGAGCUGUGUGGCACCCACACUAUGUUCUGCGCCACUGCCAGCUAUGUGUGCAUUCUAAGUACACAGAUUUUCCAUUACUUUGGCACCCCUAAAGUGGUCUUGUCCUCCAGUUACCAAACAUUUGGCAUCCCAAAUGCAAUCUUGUUGUGUGUUUAGUGUGAUUUGAAUAAUAAUAGAAACAUAUCGUUUUACUUAUUGUAUCUUUAACUUGACUGAGAUUCUCAUCUGUUCAUGCUUGUAUACACUGUGCCAAGUUCAUGUAGGACUCAUUAAUAGUGCAGAAAAUUCUGUAACCAGUAACAGUAAUUAGAAUAGUUACAUCAUAUAGAUUACAUCUAACAGCAGUGACCACUGUCAUUAAAAUAAGCUGCAAAUUAAAGGAAUAUUUCAGCCUUUUUCAACUUAAUUAAAGUUCUUAUAGUAAAGUAGCACUUGAUGACCAGUUUGCAAAGCCACUGGGUAGUUCUUUUAAAUGCUAUGUUACACAGGGCAGUGUUAGCUCAGUGGUUAAGAUACUGAACUAGUCUUCAAAAGGUUGGUGGUUCAAGCCCCACCACCACCAAGUUGCCACUGGUAAGUAAGUCAGCUAAAAGCUGCAAAUAUAAUGUAUAUACAUGCUAUUGAACAUUGUGUUAUGAGGGUAUUUUUUAUACACAUGUGUAAAUGUAUUUUACAGUCAAAUUUCAAUCAACUUCCAACAAUCUACAGUAGCGGUUCUUUAUUUGGGGUCAGUACCUCAUGUGGGUUUGUCAGAAAUACAAAUGAAGUUGCAGGAGACCUUAAAAAUAAGAGUUAUUAGUUUUAUUAAUAGCUUUUGGUUAAACGAUAUUAGCUAUGAGAAAUAAUAUUAGUGAAGUGCAUGUGCUGGAAUGCCAUACAAUGACACUUAGCGGAGACUUUUAUCCAAUAUGAUUCAGACGUGACCUUUUGACAGCAUUACCUAGCUGUGGAACAUGAACUUCUUUACUGUAAUGCCCUGCAAAAAUAAGCUGAUUGAUUGAGAAGUGGGGUUUUAGUGACAUCACAAACAUUUAAAGCCUAAAAAUAGGGUUACUGACUAAAAAAGGCUGAGAACAGCUUUUUAGGAAGAUGCUGCACUACAUAAGUUACAACAUAAUGGCUUGUAGACCCUAAAUAUUUCAAUGUGAAUGUAGAAAAACUUAUUUUAACAUAGCAAAUGGGCAAUUAGAUAACAUUAAAUGUCCAUCACAGUAUAUUUAUAAUAAACAGCAGUUAAAGUUUUUUAA